UCCUUAUGGGGGAGGGUGCUUCGCCAACAGCUGCAAUGGAGGAAGUGCGAGUAUUUCCUUUAUCAUGCGUGGUGCAGAAUUAUGCCUGGGGAAAGGUGGGUCUGGAGAGUGAAGUGGCCAAGCUUCUUGUUAGUGGACAUCCAUCAACUGUGAUUGAAGAGGAAAAACCUUAUGCAGAGUUGUGGAUGGGUGCUCAUCCCAAAGGUGAUGCACUUAUCAAGGACAACAGAAUUUCUCAGAAGUCCCUUGGGCAGUGGAUCGCUGAUCAUCCUAGUCAGCUUGGAGUAAAAGUGAAGGAUACCUUUCGUGGCCAGCUUCCUUUUCUGUUUAAGGUGUUAUCUGUCAAAAUUGCUCUUUCUAUUCAGGCUCAUCCAGAUAAAGAACUUGCAGGAAAGCUUCAUUCUCGAUAUCCAGAACACUAUCCUGAUGGUAAUCACAAGCCUGAAAUGGCAAUUGCCUUGACACCAUUUGAUGGGCUCUGUGGUUUUCGGCCUGUAAAUGAAAUCAUAGGAUUCCUUAAAAGUGUUCCAGAAUUUCGUGCUGUAGUUGGAAAUGAGGCCACAGAUGAACUUCAAAGUUGUGCUACUGAUUCUGCAAGGGUGCCACAGGUUCUAAAAAAGUGCUUCACGUCAAUGAUGAAUUGUGAAAAAAAGGUGUUUGUAGAGCAGUUAAAUAUUCUGGUCAAAAGAGUAUCAGAGGAAGCAGCUGCAGGCCGUGACACAAGUGGAAGCAAUGGAGAUUUGUUGUUACAACUACAUUCUCAGUUUCCUGGUGACAUUGGCUGUUUCUCCAUUUAUUUUUUGAACUUUGUGCAUCUGGAGCCUGGAGAAGCAAUGUUUUUAGGUGCUAAUGAGCCUCAUGCCUAUUUAUAUGGAGACUGCAUUGAAUGCAUGGCAUGCUCUGACAACACGGUGAGAGCUGGUCUGACUCCAAAAUAUAUCGACGUGAACACGCUGUGUGAGAUGCUGAUCUACAGCCCAUCACCUGCACAAUCUAAAAUUUUUCCUGCGGUCCAAGACCCUGCUGAUGCCUGUGUCUUCAUUUAUGACCCUCCUGUGCCUGACUUCACCAUCAUGAGAAUACAGGUGCCUGCAUCGAUGAAGAAGUACAACGUAUCCCAAAUUGACUCUGCCAGCAUCCUCCUUGUGGUGCAGGGAGAGGCUAUGGUGGUUUCUUCGCCCAACAUGGAGCUGGUGAUAAAGCGAGGAUCCGUGCUUUUCAUCUCUGCCAAUGAACAACUGUCAUUGCACAUCACAUCUGAUAAAAAUUUGUUGCUGUUUAGGGCAUGUUGUAUAUUGUAGCACCUUAAGAGUUCUUUUUAGACACACCAUUUAGCUUAAGGUUAUUUUGAAUCAGCAAUACACAUGAAGAAGUAAUUAAUUAAUCAAUGAAAAGCUUAUUUAAGGAUUGUACAGAUACUGUUUACAGUUUUAAUUCUGUCUUUACAUCAAUAAUAUGAAUGCAGAAAUGCAUCAGUGGUGGAUUACUAGUAAUUUAAUGAAAAAGGGAUGCACUUAUUUGUAAUUUUCACAUGCAUGACAAGUAAUUUGAAAGCAGUCCUGCAGUUUAGAUAUGGAAUACCAUUUAUCUGUUUUAAGAGCAUUCAUAUUAAAGUUGUGUUUAGAGAGCAUGCCUCAUCUCCAUGGUCGUGGACUCAUUUCCUGGUCCAGACAUUAUCUGUGUGGGUUUGCUUACCCGGGUAGUCUAGUUUAUUCCAAUGUCCCAAAAACAUGCAGAGUAAGUUGACUGUCACUCAAAAUUAGCCUUCUGUGAGCGUCUUCAGGCAUGUUGACAGUGUGUGGCUUGUGAGGCAUGGAUGCCCCAUUCAGGUAUGGUUCUGGUCUUGGUGAGUGCCCACAUAUGCUCUGGCUUUUAAUAAUCCUAAAUUGGAAUAAGAUCGUUUUGAAAGUGAGUGAAUCAAUACAGGAUGAUUGCAAUUAAGUGUGAAUCACAGGCAGCAGUAGAAAAAUGGAACAAAGAGAUACAGUAGAACCUCUGGUCACGAACGUUUCCGAACACGUACAAAUCGGGUUACGAUCAAAAAGUUUGCCAAAAUUUUGUAUCUGUUCACGACCAUACGCUCUGGUGGCAAACAAAAACACUGGCAGCCAGUUUCUCUACGCACGUUCGUAUGCGCCAAUGAUUUCCCAUUCUCCGUUUCCCAUUUUCUUUUGUUUGUGUAUACAGGGCCUAACAAAGCAGCUGAUGUUGCAAAAGGAGUUACAAUGUUAACCAAGCAGAGGCCUCAAGUGCUGGAAGAGGUGGAAAAACUGUUGCUAGUGUGGUUGAACGAGAAGCAACUUGCAGGGGAUAGCGUAAGCGAGGCGAUCAUAUGCGAGAACGCCAGGAAGAUUCAAGGUGAUUUGCUGAAAAAAAAAAUCCUUCUUCGAGUGGUGAAGGUGAGGAAUUUAAAGCCAGUAGAGGAUGGUUUGAAAAGUUUUGCAAGAGAAGUGGCAUUUAAUUUUUUUUCCCUGUGCUUAAAACUCAAAGUGUUUACAGUGAGCGGUUUGUCAGGGUCUAGCGCAAACUCUUACAAUGUUGGUUUUUUCUGUUGUUCAAGGAUUUCUCAGUGUUAUUCAAUGUUUUUACAUUUAGUUUACUAUUUCACUGUGCAUUCUAUGGUAUAAUUAACUUUUUUUGUGCUUAAAAAAUAUAUAUUUAUAUAGUUCGUACUGUCUGGAACAGAUUAAUUGUAUUUACAUACAAUCUUAUGGUGAAAUCACGUUCGGAUCGCAACCAAAUCGGGUUGCGUCCAGAGUUUUGGAACAAAUUACGGUCGUGACCAGAGGUACCACUGUA